GAUGGCCCGGUGGCCCGCACCUCCUCCUCCUCCGCCUCCGCCUCCACCUCUGGCCGCGCCGCCGCCGCCCGGCGCCUCUGCUAAGGGGCCGCCGGCGCGCAAGCUGCUUUUUAUGUGCACCUUGUCCCUGUCUGUCACCUACCUGUGCUAUAGCCUCCUGGGCGGCUCGGGCUCUCUGCAAUUCCCCCUGGCGCUGCAGGAAUCGCCCGGCGCCGCCGCCGAGCCCCCGCCGAGCCCGCCGCCACCUUCUCUGCUGCCUCCCCCCGUGCGCCUCGGCGCCCCCUCGCAGCCGCCCGCGCCGCCGCCGCUGGACAACGCGAGCCGAGGGGAGCCGCCCGAGCCCCCGGAGCAGCCCGCCGCCCCCGGGACCGACGGCUGGGGACUGCCGAGCGGCGGCGGAGGCGCCCGGGACGCCUGGCUCCGGACCCCGCUGGCCCCCAGCGAGAUGAUCACGGCGCAGAGCGCGCUGCCGGAGAGGGAAGCGCAGGAGUCCAGCACCACCGACGAGGAUCUCGCAGGCCGGAGAGCGGCCAACGGGAGCAGCGAGAGGGGCGGCGCCGUCAGCACCCCGGACUAUGGAGAGAAGAAGCUGCCGCAGGCGCUCAUCAUCGGGGUCAAGAAAGGAGGGACCCGCGCGCUGCUGGAGGCGAUUCGCGUACACCCGGACGUGCGGGCGGUGGGCGUAGAGCCGCACUUCUUCGACAGGAACUACGAAAAGGGGUUGGAGUGGUACAGAAAUGUGAUGCCCAAGACUCUGGAUGGGCAAAUAACCAUGGAGAAAACUCCAAGUUACUUUGUGACAAAUGAGGCUCCCAAGCGCAUUCACUCCAUGGCCAAGGACAUCAAACUGAUUGUGGUGGUGAGAAAUCCCGUGACCAGGGCCAUCUCUGACUACACGCAGACACUGUCAAAGAAACCCGAGAUCCCCACCUUUGAGGUGCUGGCCUUCAAAAACCGGACCCUCGGGCUGAUAGACGCUUCCUGGAGUGCCAUUCGGAUAGGGAUCUAUGCUCUGCACCUGGAAAACUGGCUCCAGUAUUUCCCUCUCUCCCAGAUCCUCUUUGUCAGUGGUGAGCGACUCAUUGUGGACCCCGCUGGGGAAAUGGCCAAAGUACAGGAUUUUCUAGGCCUCAAACGUGUUGUGACUGAGAAGCAUUUCUAUUUCAACAAAACCAAGGGGUUCCCUUGCCUAAAGAAGCCAGAAGACAGCAGUGCCCCGAGGUGCUUAGGCAAGAGCAAAGGUCGGACUCACCCUCGCAUUGACCCAGAUGUCAUCCACAGACUGAGGAAAUUCUACAAACCCUUCAAUAUGAUGUUUUACCAAAUGACUGGUCAAGAUUUUCAGUGGGAACAGGAAGAGGGUGAUAAAUGAGGCUAGAGAGGCAGAGGAAGGCUAGUGAAUGGCUAAGGAGGCUCCUUGCCAGAGUCCUUGAAUACCCCAGCUUCUGCAGCUUCACUUACUGGAGUGCCAAGUAGAUCUCCUCCUCCUUCAUGCAGCCCACAUUGCCUCUAGUGCUGUUAGUCGAGGCAAGCAGGUGGAUCCCACGGCAUCCCCAUGGAAGAACCAGGCCCAUCUGGGCAGCAGCAUCUGGUUGACCAGAUGGCCACCAGAACCUGCUGUUAAUUCUUCUCUUCUGUUGGUUAAUCUAGCCUGAAGACAGAGGAUAAAUAGCUGUCAAUGUCAGAGACAGUGCUAUUAAUGUUUAUGUGAAUGACAAAAAAGGUCUACUUAUGGGGGUUCUCCCUUUAGUUUGGGGAGCCAGGGUUCUAGCCCUGUAUCUGUCCUGGGCACCUGCUGUCUAAACUUCUGCCUGGGCUUCUCUCCAGAAUGCACUUUGUGGCUGCGUGCUCCAGGACUCCUAGGGAGCAAGGCCCUCCCUCUAAGGUGUUUCUAGUCUUCUCUUUAAAGGCCUCAUCCCACAACCCCUGACUUCCUCCCACCCCACAUCGUGAAGGCAGAGGCAUGCAUGUUCCUCACCAAAAGCACACCCACACACAUAAAACAAACAAAAAGGAAACUAAAAGCUGACGCCCCUCAAAGCCUUCUUUCCAAGAGCCCUCUAAAUGGGGUUGGGUCUCACUCUUCAUGAAUAUCCUGGGUUGUGGAGAAGCUUAGCAUAUGCCCUUGUGUUCAGAUCAGGCCCACUGGGCUGCUCUAAGAGUAGGGUAAUUGUAGCUGAGGUCAGAGCUCUGAGGUUGGCAGAGAUGAGUGGCCACAUCUUGGGGUAAAAGAAGAAAUCCUGUCCUUUUGGUGGGAGGUUGCUUUACCUGAAGCCCAUCUCUCCCAAGCACUGUGGUUUGAGGCAUGUUUCCUAGGGUCCCCAGAAGGACAAAGACCCGAGAGUUGACACGUCUGUUAUUAGGAAUAACCCUUAGCCAUGUAUUGGGGAGAGGAGCAGUCACACUUCUUCUAUGUGCCCCCCUACCACCUCCUCAGGCUUCAUAUUCUUUAUUUAGAAAUGACAGAGUGGGGUAGUGGCGAGAGGGCUGAGUCCAUUCAUCAGAUCCAGUUUAUGGGAAUUGGGGGUGAGCAAGGGCUGUCUGCAGACACCCCCACUAAGGGCUGCUGAAUGAAGUGUCCCUUCCCAUCAGUUUGAUUCAACUAAAAAGCACCAUUUGACAUAAAGCACUUGUUCACAGAUCUCCAAAACCAGAAAUUGUUCUAGUAAAACUGGAAAUUUGUAUGAGUGGGGGGAGUUAAAUCUGUUCAGCUGUUAUUAAACUGUCAUUUCUCCCGCUAUAUGAAAACCGUGUUGUUAUAAAGCUUAAUGCAACCUGA